AUGGCGCGUCGUUCGGGCGUCGGCGUGCUGCUGGCCGCGCUGGCGCUUGCAGUUGCCGGAUGCGCCUUCAGCACGAUCCGUGGGCGCACUGCGCGGCAGGCAACCCCCAACUUUGGUGAGUUGCUGGGCUCCAUUGGGAAGAUGUCAGAGGUGGCGAAGAAGAUGCCGGAGCUUCAGAAGCGGCUACGAGAGACACCCUCCGUCGGCACAGCGCUGGGAGGCCGCGUAAAGGUCACUGUCAGUGGAGACCUAGCGCCCCUUGGAGUGGAGAUUGACGAGGCCGUGAUGGAGGAGGGCUUGCCAGCAAAAGUCUUGGCCGACGCCGUCUUCGUGGCCAUGAAGGAGGCUCACAACGCAACAGUUGAGCUCUCAAGGACAGAGCUGACGAAGUUCUAUAAGGACAUGGGUGUGCCGCUGCCAGGGGCCGGCGCCGGCGGAAUACCCGGUGCCCCCGCCCCUGCGCCUGCGCCCGCGCCAUCCAUGGAGUUCGAUCCCGCCGGUGCCUGGACCGCAAAUGAUGGCAUCGAGGUAGGCAACCCGAAACGGGCUUGUGGGCUGGAGCUCAAAGUCCUGAAGCUAGGCGAUCGGUCUGUGUUGCUGGAGGUCUUAGAGCAGUCAACUGGUAUGACGAGCUUGAAGGCCGUCGUCUCCGAAAGCAAUGCCAGCGUCUUGGUCGUCGCCUCAGGUAAGCUCAUCAUUUGUUCACUCAUCCCAAGCAACAAUCCUGUGGUUCUGCAGCUGCUGAAACUCUUGGGACGCCACGCGGUGAUGGCCGUGGCUGUGGGAGUCACGGCCGUUUCAGCUCACCCUGCCAGCGUAGAUGUGGAGGGCCCCUGCCAUAACCAGGCGCCGCUCGGGCGCCUGGCCGUGAAGCUGAUGAGGUCGGCCGUCGCCUUGCCCGACCGACUUCCCUCCCUGCUGCAGAGAUCUUGGUCCGCGUAUGUUAGCUUCUUGAAGACAGAGGUCCCUGAGCUCCUGCGACUGGUCUCCGCGUCCUUGGCGAGGGCAAAGUUCCCCCUGACCUGGCAGGGCGCCCAAGACUUCAGCAUGAGCGAUUGGCUGGAUGCCGCGCCCAUCUUGGCAGCAGUGGUCGCAGCCUCGCUGACCCCCCUGGCACUGCUGAACGGAGGCAGACAGAAGCAAGGCGGCUUCGACUGGAGCACCUCAUGGUGGGUCACCAGGGAGGUCCUGGUUCGAGGCAUGGGGCUUUGCUAUUUGUGCGGCUUCCUGGUCUCCGCCAUUCAGCAUCGAGCUUUGUGGGGCUCCCUCGGGCUGGCGCCGGUGACAAGGCACCGGCGGCGGCCUACACCUGUCUUCGACCUUUUCGAUGACUUGGGCUUUGGGUUUGGAGACUGGCAGUUGGAGCUGGUGAGCUGGCUGGGUGUCGCCUUCUCCCUCCAGCUCAUGUUUGGCAAGCUGCGGAGUUUGCUGGUGCCGCUGUUCCUCUGGGCCGCGUAUCUCUCAAUCGUCAACUUGCAAGCGUCCUUCACCUUCAACUAUGGCUGGGAAUGGCUCACGUGUGAGGUCGGCUUCUUAGUGAUAUUCCUAUGUCCUCUCCUAGACUCUCGUCUAAGCACAUGGACUCCACCAUCGAGGUUGGUCCUGUGGACAAUACGCUGGUGCGCCUUUCGCUUGCUGCUGGGUGCAGGGAUGUCCAAGGUAGGCCGAAACUCCAGCGCGUGCUGGCGCGAGCUCACCUGCACGGAGACGCAUUACUUCACGCAGCCUAUACCAAAUCCCUUUUCCUGGUACAUGCACCACUUGCCAAGAAGCUUUCACAAGCUGGAGGUUGCGCUGACAUUUGUAGAGCAACUCGUGCUGCCCUUCGCGAUGCUGGUUCCCCUUCGCUUCUUUCGAGUGACAGCUGCCGUUCUGGAAAUCGGCUUUCAGAUUGGGAUCGUGGGAACAGGCAACUACGCGUGGAUCAACUUCAUCGGGGCUUUACCUUGCGUGGCGAUGUUGGAUGAUGGUUUCCUGCUAAGCCUGACACCGUGGCCCUGGAGACAGAGGCUACAGCAAGCCGUGCAGGAGGCGUCCGAGCGUGCAGAUCUUGCAGCGGAACCGCGGCUGGUACGGCGCACGGUUCGCCGUGGCUACCUGGGUCUGCGCUCUCUCGUCAACGUACUUCUCGUGAUGGUCGUGGUGUACAAGUCCAAAGAUCCCAUCAAGGAGCUCUUUGGGCCUGCGCCUUGGAUCAACAACUACGACCCCUGGUUUCUGAUGAAUUCGCAGGGCGUCUUCGGCUUCAUCAACAAGCACCGACUGCAAGUGGUUUUGAAGUACACCCAUGAUCCUGUCCCUGGCGGUCCUGGAGCUGUCUGGAAACCUUUGGACUUCAAGUGCCUGCCUGGCACAGUUGAUCAGAGACCCUGCUUCAUGUCACCUUACCACUAUCGCCUGGACUGGGAGACCUGGAUCCAUGUCACUGCCUCUUUAGAACAGCUCUGGGUGAAGAAGGCACCAGCCGAAGCUUACCACCAACACCUCCCAGACUUUCUGCAGGCGCUGGUCAUCAAGGUCCUCAACGGCGACGACGAUGCUGCCGGCCUUCUGGGUGUUCCCGCCCAGGAGAUAUACAAAGAUGGAGCACCACCCACAGCCAUCUCCAUCGACUUUGCCUCCUACACCUUCACCACGCGGAGCAACAGCUCACAGUGGUGGCGCGCCAAGCGCGUGGGCGCGAACUCACUUCGAGCAUAUGGCCAAGCGAGCGCCCCGAAGCUGAAGGAAGAGGAGGUGCGCAAGUCGCCUCGGUGGCGGCAUUGGGUCUUGGGCGUGAGCAUCGCGACGGCGGUAAUGUUUCUGGAGCAGGGACUGCUGCAGGGCUUCGCUGGCGGCUGGAACUUGCUCGUUGGAUCCGCGGCCUGUCUGCUGGUCUUUGCAGUGGUGCUGGCUUCAGACUAUCCGCCAGCUUUCACGGCCCUGCGCGUGGCCACACAACUCCCGUGGCUGGUCAUGGAUGAGCUUGGCGUUGCAUCUGGCCAACGACUUGCCUAUGAGCUUGCCUUCCGCAUUUCAGCAGGUGCUGCCGGCAUGAACGCUGGCCUUGCCGGCCUGCAGCGAUGCUCCAGGCGGCCCUCGUGCGCGGUUCUCGUCGCCCUUCUGCUGGCGGUGGCCUGGAUGUGCAUGAGGGCCGAAUCCGAGCUUCUACCGGCGCCGUGA